UUCAACAUUCUGACAUUUUGAUGAUAUCACAGUUGUGUUUUAACGACGCUUCUAGCAUGUAACACUUAUCACUAUACAGUAUAUAUCAUCAAUAUUGUUCGAUUCACAUGUAUCACUAAAGACUACAGUAUAGUAUCAUCAUUACUGUUCGAUUUACUUGUAUCACUAAAGAAUCAAUAAUGUUCGAUUUACAAAAAUCAAACAAGGAUGAAACGUUCGAAAAUGAGUGACGCAGUUGUCUUCAAUUCGGACUUCUCAAAAGGAGAAAAGGCGGGAGACCUCUUUUCUUAUGAAAACGAAGCUUUUGAUAUGAAAUCGACGGCUGAUUUGGUGAAUAGUGAAAAGCCCGCGAUCGAAGCAGAGGAAGGGGGAGGAACCCUCGGAGUGCUAGUGGAGUAUUCGGAGAGUACUAACUUUCACGGAUUCCGCUACAUAUUUGCUGCCCCUACAAUUUUCGGAAGAGUAUGUUGGCUGCUGCUCUUUCUGACCGCCGUCGGAGGACUAAUCUACCAAACCCUGGACCGGGUCAACCUCUACAGUAGCCGUCCAGUUAAUGUGAACAUUGAUGUGAAGCGGGCUCCGUCGCUUCCUUUCCCGGCUGUUGUAAUGUGCAACACCAACCAAUAUAGAAUGACUGAAGCUGAGAAGAUGGGUGUAUACAACGGCAUUAAAGAUUAUUACAGCUCCCUGAAGAAUGGGACGAACAACAAGGACAGAUACAAGGUCGCCAGUAUGGACUUCAGGAAUCUGACAAUGGAACUAGGCCACCAGAAGGAUGACUUCAUAUACGACUGCGUAUGGGGCCCAGAGAAAUGUGGCCGGGAGAACUUCACUCGCGAAAUCACUGAUUUUGGCGUCUGUUUUACCUUCAACGAUGGGAAGUCAUCCUCAAGGCAACUGGACGUCCAUACUAAAGGUGAGACCUUCGGCCUUAAAGUUAUCCUGAACCUAGAGCAGUAUGAAUACAUGGCAGGACCUAAUGCGGCAGCCGGCAUCAAGUUGUUGCUGUACAAUCAGAGCGACUUCCCUCGCGUAAGAGAUCUCGGCUUGGUGAUCCCACCCGCUAGUAACACACUCAUUGGCUUUAAAGUCAAUACGGUGACCAACGUCAAACCCCCUUACGGAAAAUGCGGAGAAGUCCAAUUGAAAAACUACCAGAAAUACGCGGAAUCAUCCUGCGAGGUUGAAUGCCUGACCAAACUGGCCGUUGACAAGUGUGGAUGUCGUGGCAUCUACAUGUCUUGGAAUGCAACCGACCCGAACCCGCCAGCCUACUGUACCCUGGCACAGACAGAAGGAUGUCUCAGCAAUCUUACACACGGCAAACAGCCGGACUGUCACUGUCCAAUUCCAUGCCAUGAAGCCACCUUCGUAAGUACAGUCUCUUACUCGGCCAUCUCGGACUUCGAGGCGAGAAAGCAAGCCGUAUACAUCAAUACCUACCAGCGGGGUAUCGUCAAAAAGUUUCGCGCGGGAAGGGUGAUCCGGGUGCGUCUAGAUGACGAGAGUGUUGCAGAGGACAAACAGCAGAUCAAGGAGUUGUACGCGGAGGCUCUGAAGAUGAACGCGGCUUUAGGAGAUUCGAUUGGGAAUAGGACGAAACCGGCCAACUCGACAGCAAAUUCGACAAGCUCCAUGAGGGUAUUGGACAAUGUUGAGAAAAAGGUCAACGACUUGAUCUCAUCCACCAAAGCCGAGGUCGACAAGGUCAAAGGUCAGGUCGAAGUUGAGGUGAACACGUUCAAGAACACCAUAGACUAUGUUGCCACUAGAAAUAUCAUGUUCGACGUUCAGAACCUUCUCAGGCGUGAGGUCAAGAUGUUGUACACGAUUCUGGAAGAGUGUUUCAAUUUUGCCUCCUCCUCCCCCUCGCUUCAAAAUACUCGAACUACAUCCAAACCAGCUUACAAUGAGCGUAUGAGCACAAUAAAAACGAGUUACAUGGGCAAAAUUGACGUUUUAGUUGACAUUCUGAAGACAGUUUCUGCUCUGUAUACAGCUGUGGUCAAUGAAAAAUGGAAUGGGACAUGGAAUGGUCAAAAGAUGGAGCUACCAGAAGCUAUAAUGCUGCAGUAUGGAAAUAAAACGUUGAACUUAAUGACUGAUUUCCAAGAUUCUGUGACAGGUUUACGUGAGAAGUUAAAAUCUCUGGAAACUUGCCUUCCAGGGAUCCCUAUCCCUGAUCAGGGUGUCUUAAAUGCCGACAGUAUAAAACACGAGACAACGCGUUGUAAGGAUCAAGCAAACAUCGUGUCAACAUACAUCAUGAAGAACACAUCACAGGAAUCUAAAACGUUUUUGAAUAUUCUCGAAGAACCACACAACCGCCUUGAAAAGGAGUCCGCCAAAUUGGACCGCCUCUUCAGUGACCUUGAAACAGCUUCACGCAUCAUGAACUCAAGUAUAAACAAGCUCCGCGAAAUAAACAAUAAGCCGGAUCAAGAGUUACCCAACAUGGCAAAACUUAUUCGGAACGCGUCUGAUCUCAACGACCUGAUACCAAAAUGGCGCGAGCUGUCCAAGAAGCAGCUUGCCAUUGACUACGCCGGGAAUGCCGCCUAUCUAGCUCUUGAGAAAGCAGUGCUGGAGAAGAAGGACUUUAUGGGAAAUUUCGAACUGACGAUGAACUACAUGCGUGAUGUCAAGUCUAAGGCUAAUGACGUUCUGAAUGCACUCAUCGCCUCACAGAAGUCACGGAAAGACAACGACAACAGUACUACGCCUUUGAGGGAUUUUAUCGGCAAGAUGCCCUCCUACAUCCAGGAGGUAAAGGAUCUCAAGCAAAAGGUGGAUGUCAUCGUCUUCACCCUAGAGUAUAGACGGUUUAUCGAGAAUUUGGAAGCCUUUAGGAAGUCGUUGCAAGUGAAUAAAGAGUUUUACAAGGAAAACUUCCUGACCGUCUCAAUCUACUUUCAAGUCCUGCAGCGCCAAGGGGUGACCCAGCAAGUGGGGUAUACCUGGUUUGGCCUUCUUUGUGAUGUUGGUGGAACUGCUGGAUUGUUUAUCGGGGCUUCGCUCCUGUCGAUCAUCGAGCUGCUCUAUUUCGUCACUUCCAAGGGUGUCUCUGCUUGUAUUGGAUCUUGCACGAAGAAGAAGGCUGUGGAACCCGAAGCAACGAAAGCCUGAGCUGAAGGCUAUUUUAAUUCGACCAUACACUAACAGUUAAAACCUAAUUGUAAAGCGGAAUCUCUCUCAGCGAACACCUCUGUAGCAGGGCACCUUCUUUAUUAGUGUAGUGAUGUUGGUCCCAAAUGGGUCCUUCUAGAAAUUCUAUAGAAUUUGACCUCUGUAAUUAGGUCCCCGCUCCAUUUAGGAGAGCAGUUGUCAGUCCCAAGGGUGAUCUUAAGAGAAAAGUUUUACUCGGCUGUAACUAUGGGCACUAGACUGACCAUAUUGAGAUCACUCAUGUUCUGGUUUUUUUCUUUUUGUUCACAUUUUACAAACAUUAUUGCGAGUGUUCUCCAAAACAAACUAAAUAAACCAAAAACCUAUCAGCCCUAUACCACCAAACAUAAUCCCAUCUAGUGUGCGUCGCAAAAGACUUUUCAAAAUUCGGAUCAUUUCGAUGCUUUGAAGCGUUUUUAUGCUCCUAUUUUCUGAUUUGUUUGAAAAUCUCCUAAGCGAUUCAGUCAAUCACAACUACUAGGCCACGCCCGUUUUGGUGACGUCACGUAACACGAGUUCGAUUCGAUGACAUCACUUAAACCCGAGUUCAAUCCGAGUGUUGGCAUUCUCAUAUAAAACAGUUAACUCGGCUUAUAACUCGGCUUACUCGGUUCACGCAUGCGCAUUUGAAGCCACGGGCAGACCAUUGGGUGAUCACUAAAUCCUAAAGGCUAGAGGGAGGUAAUUAUAAUAAUCUCCACCGCCCGACCCGAUGACGUCAUUACCAGAAUUUCGGGUGGGAAAUACCCCAAGUAUUUACAUCACAAUGGCGGCAACUUAAGUUCUGUUUGACCAUUUCAUAACAAGCAAUUUCGGCAUUGUGAAGUCAGGCAAGAGAGCCCUGGAAGUAAUCGAUGAGCUAGAAGUUGCAACUACGACAAUCAGAAUAUGGCCCUGUGGGUGGGGUAGUACAUGACGUCAUUUUGAAAAACCUCCCUCUAGCAUUUAGGAUUUAGUGAUCACCAGACUUGAUAGAUUGGUUCCCGAUCGACUCACUAGGGCGUAUGAGACUCCCUGUAGUUCUAGUAGUCCUUAUAUCAAUGCGUUUGGUCGCCUGACGCUUGUAAGGAGUAGUGUUUUUGUGUUUCUAACGUUAUUGCAUUUCUAUAUUAGCCUAGUACAUGCCCACUGACGUCGGACCUCUAGGCUCUGGCCGCUGGCUGCAUUUGCCAUUGGGUAGGCCUACGGGGUGAGUUUUGAUCAAUCAUGCUGUCUGCCAGCCGUAGGCAAAUACUGGAAGAUGUUGGCAAGAACACCGACCAUCCGGCGAAGAAACUAUAAAAAUGAAAAAAAGGAAGGAAUCUUUUUUUGCCUGGGUGAGAAACCUUCGUAAAAAGUUACACUUUCGAUUGUCGGAUGAUCUACUUCCGGACAUAGUAAUUUCUCCGCUCUCGUCAUAACCCCUUCCCCCUCUACGCAUAUGGAUACCAUCAUCAGGCACCACUGCUUCCUCCACAAUCCUGGGGCUAAUCAAAUUUGCUGGUAAGCAAAUUUCUCAGUCUUGUUCUUAAGACACAUGUGGUAGCGAAUUGAGUUGUCUUCAUUAUUAGUGCACGUUUUUUUCUUGGAGUUCCUGGUGUCGUUGAUGUCAUGAUAUUCUGACUUAUUUUUCAGCAGUUCAGAACCAGACAAAAAACUUGUAUCAUAUUCAAAGAAUUCUGAUGAGCGCUUGUAGGGUGAACCCGACUUGGACUUUGGAAUGUUUAUUGUCCACCCGAUAUUAUUCAAAAGUGUUGUGCCAGAAACAAAUAUAAUCAUCAAGGGUAACACCUUGCAUGAGACAUUAACAAGACAUGUAUUCUUGCACUAAAAUUCUUCAAAUGUUCAGCCCUGUUUCAAACAAUGAUACAGAACACUCCUAUAAUUUCAUCGUUACAUGUACAUGUGAAUUUGGUCUUUGUCACAUUAUAUCACUCUGUUGUUGAUGUCGGAAUAAAAUAACGAAAUCAUCUCAGAA